AUGUAUGCAGUGAAGCCAUGGGGCAAGGUCCUUCUUAUUGGUAGCAGUGUGGGGACAUAUGCGAUGGGAAUCGGAAUGCGUUGGCGUGAGUCCAACGUCCAUAUUAUCGAGAAGCGCGUAGAUCCUCGUUAUGAAUUAGGCAAUCAGAGGCGUUGCGUUUGCACCAGUCACACCGUGAAGCUUCUGAAAGACCUAGGAUGCACGGUAAGCAAGAUUGAGGGCAUUCUUGAAAGAGCCAAAGGAUGGCGUUUCGUUACGCCUGAACUUGAGACAAUAAAAGAAGGUGUAGUGUUUCCCGGCUGCUCCGAAGGUGAGCCAGCGUAUCAUUGCCAGGAGGGUCGGCUUCUUAGAAUCCUACGCACGGAGUUCUUGCGUUUUGGAGGCGAUAUAAGUUGGGGCUCAGAGGCCUUUGAUGCGUUUGAGAGUGGUGAUGGAAGUGGGACAUGGAGUCUUCGAAAGACAUACGGACUUGAAACUGAGGCGGAGGCUAUCAUUACAACGGCGCAAGGCUCACCAUUUGCGCCGCUGUUGAUAGCGGAAGACCCGAACCGAGUUGCCGUUCUUUUUGACGAGGAUUCAGGCAUCUCCCAUCCCGUCAGGUGUGUUGUUGACAAAUUGUUUGCUUCGAGUGAUGUCGUGAUUGUGGUGGGGUCGGGAGUUGUUAUUCACAUGUGGCACUCAAAUGGUGUGGUCACGUGGCGAGCUAUUCGAAGAGGUCGAAAAGGACGUACAGACCUCCACGAUGUUGCACUUCAUCCGGCCAUUCAAGAUGUGCUUGAGGGCAGCAUCGACAAACUUUCUCGUGUGCGAAUUCUUCCUGCGACAACACCUGCGAUUAGGGACUCUGCAUCACACGUCAAAUUGAGUGUGCUGGGGGAUGGACUUCUUCCCGUAGACCCGUUUGAGUGGAGGGGUGAUCAUGCACGGUGUCUCAUCGAGGAGGCCUCAGCUUUGUGCCGGCUGUUUUACGGGAAAAAGUAUCAUCGGGGAAACGUCGCUCAUCUUCUUCGAGUGAUUGAGCAAGAUUCGCUCGCCAAGCGAGCCUCUCUGCUCCGCCGCGAUUUGGAGGACGCGGAACAUUUCUUGUCGGCGCAGCCAGUCAUUGAGGAGGACGCUCGUGCAAUUGCCUUUGAGAGAGUCACCCCAUAA